ACAAAGAUGACAAACGACAUAACGCUGCAGCAGAACGGGAAUGAAACGCAAUGAUAGUGAAGACGACGACGGAGAACCGUCGUCGAACCAAGACAUGGUUACUGUGUCGCAACAUGUUUUUGGCGACGAGCCUCAAAAGCCAGCGUUUUCUAUUUCGAUAAUUGAGAAUAUGAAAGAGGAGUACGGACUGUUUGUGUGGCCUUGCAGUGUAAUUCUCGCAGAAUACAUUUGGCAACAGAGAGAACGGUUUUUUGGUGCUGAUGUAGUUGAACUUGGAGCUGGAACUUCAUUGCCUGGAUUAACUGCUGCUAUGCUAGGCUCUAAUGUCACUCUCACUGAUGACUCCAAUCGAGUCGAGGUGCUGGAAAAUAUUCGGAAAGUGUGUGAUCUAAAUAAGCUUGAUAAGUGUAAAGUACUGGGACUAACAUGGGGACUUUGGGAUGAAUGCAUAUUCAAUUUAAAUCCUAAAAUUAUUCUUGGUGCUGACGUACUAUAUGAAGCGAGUGCCUUUGAUGACCUCUUUGCUACUGUGACAUUUCUGCUUCAAAAUUCUCCGGGCUCUGUAUUUAUAACAACUUAUCAUAACCGCAGUGGACACCAUUUGAUUGAAUUCUUGAUGAUGAAAUGGGGAUUAAAAUGUGUGAAGCUUAUUGAUGGAUUUUCUUUCAUGCCAUCCUACAAGGCAUCUGGGUUAAGUGGCAACAUUCAACUGGCAGAGAUCAUGUUAAAAAGUGAAUAGAGUGUCACAUAACCAUGCCAAGUGAAUGGGGAUUAUCAUAUGUGAAUCUUAUUGGCUUGCGUCUCGGAAGUUUCUGGUCGAACAAUCUUUCUUAUAGCUUUCUUGCUUUUCACUCUCAGGAAAAUUUUAACAUUACCCUGAAAAGGUGACUACUCAGGUCUCAGGAUAUUGAAGUAGAUGCAUGCAAGGCCAAAGCCAAAAUAUCAGCACAAGACACCGCACCAGGGCACGAAGCUUCCACGUCUUUCUUCGCAUUGUCGAUGACAAAAAAGGCGUGUAACGAGACAUUAGGUGGACCAUCUUUCUCUGCCUUGCUGCUACCUUUUGAAUCUAACAGCACUGAAGCAUCACAGCCCUAAUAACAAAAGGAAUAUAAUUAGUUAGAGCAAUAAAUAGAUGAAAAAUUGUGUUGUUUCAUUUCCUAGUGCAUACCCUUAUGAAACAAUCAUGGAAAUGCAUUCUAAGUAGAGCUGCAGGGACUGUUUUGUCUCUCAUCAUUGCAUUCUUGACAGCAUUUGUAACAAUUGUGUCCACGUUAGGACAUGUUUUUUCAUAGUAAUUCAAGCUCAAUGUGUAUCCUAGUGGAAGUACUGAAGCCAUCAGAAUUGAGCACAAGAGCAAUGCAAGAGUGGAAGCCAUAUUUAGGUGUGAAAUAACCCAUCAACCAAUUUUGUCACUCAGCAAAAAAGGGGGUCAUGUUGCAGAUUGAAGAAUGUCGGGAGGUAAAUUAAUUAGUAAAGGCUAAGCAAUCAAAGUAGUUAUAAGAGUAGUUUGUAUUUGAAGUGUGUUUAGCUUGUAAUUUUGGAUUAAAUAGUGGAGUUUUUGUUGAAAGUUGAUGCUGUCUCAACCUGGGAUUUGUUCAGUUUGAGAAGACAUUUUAACUAAUCUUUAACAAAACCCAACAACCAUGUCAACUAUUAACAAUGUACAACAACUAAUUGAAGAACGGACAAUUGCAUAAA